AUGGUCGUGGACGUGGACGUGGACGUAGACAUGGUCGUGGACCUUGACGUGGACGUGGUCGUGGUCGUGGACGUGGUCGUGGACGUGGACAUGGACGUGGACGUGGACGUUGACGUGGACGUGGACGUGGACAUGGACGUGGACGUGGACGUGGACGUGGUCGUGGACAUGGACGUGGACGUGGACGUGGACGUGGACGUGGGCGUUGACGUGGGCGUGGACGUGGACGUGGACGUGGACGUGGGCGUUGACGUGGUCGUGGACGUGGUUGUGGACGUGGACGUGGACGUGGACGUGGACGUGAACGUGAACGUGGACGUGGACGUGGACGUGAACGUGAACGUGAACGUGGACGUGGACGUGAACGUGGACGUGGACGUGGACGUGAACGUGAACGUGGACGUGCACGUGCACGUGGACGUGAACGUGAACGUGGACGUGAACGUGGAAGUGGACGUGGACGUGGUCGCGGACGUGGACGUGGACGUGGACGCGGACGUGGACGUGGACGUGAACAUUGAUACGUGGACGUGGACGUGA